CUCCUUCAAACGUUGUCCGUUUCCAGCCACAUUUUCAAUGCCUUGGGCACUUUUGAUCCGGAAUAGCUGCCGAUGCGGCCUUUCUCUAAGAAGGCAACUUUGAAUUUCCCAGGCUCCGUGCGUUGCGCUUUGGUAGCCCUGGGGAUGGUUCAUGAGACAUGAGAGCCUUCAUCGUGAGUUUCAUGGCCGAACGGGGCAUCAGCCGCCAACUUGGGGCAUAUCCGUGCCUGACGUCGCCAAGUUCCUUAAAGGCAUCCGCAUUGCGCUCGUAGGUCAAUCUUCUUCUUUACUUACCAUCCUCAGUCGCUUUUCUUCUUGUGUGUGAGGCAGGCCGUCAAUCGAGGGUUACAUUCCUUUUCUCUUCACUUCCUCUUCUCUUCUUCCAGGCUACGUUGAACGUGUCUGUCCAAAUUAUUCAUCUUAAUCGAAACUGCGAACCGGAGUCCAUUCUUUGAUAUCCCUUACUCUUCUUCUAUUGCACUUACCUUUCAAACGCCACAAUGAGAUUUACAACAUUGCUUCCUUUGCUGCUUGCAGCUGGUGUUGCUCACGCUCAAUUCGGUCAGGGCAACAACGGUGGUGGUAACAACGGUGGUAACAACAACAAUGGUAACAAUGGCGGCAAUAACAAUAACGGCAACAACAACAACAAUGGUGGUAACAACAAUAACGGCAACAACAACAACAAUGGUGGAAACAACAACAAUGGGGGCAACAACAACGGUGGACAGGGCCAAGGUGCAAACUGCUUGAAUGCCGAUGCGAUUCAGGAUGCCAGUAACAACGAUGGACUUGCGCAGGCUGAAGAGGGCCAAGCUGCAUCUGAUACCGAUCCCAACAACUUCAUCAACUUCUGUUCCGGCAAGACCUUGACCAAUGGUCUCCAAGUUAAGGAGGGUUCUUGCAACGGUAUCCCUAUGGGUGACAUUCCUGCCUCCAACCAGAUGAUUUCUGCUGCCUUUAUCAGCCCUGAGUUCAACUCAGUGGUUGCACCAAACUCGCCCAUUACUUUCACUGUUCAGGUCAACAACCUGGAAGCCGGUACAUUCACCAACCCUACCAUCACCUACUAUGCUGGCCCUCAGAAGCUUGUUGGCGGUAAGGUUCAAGGCCACACUCAUAUCAGUGUCCAAAAGGUUGAUGCUCUCACCUUCACACAACCACCGGAUGCCGAGACCUUCGACUUCUUCAAGGGAAUCAACGAUGCCGGUAAUGGCAAUGGCGAGCUCUCAGCCACUCUCCAAGAAGGUCUUGACGAAGGUGUCUAUCGUGUCUGCUCCAUCACUUCCGCCGGAAACCAUCAGCCUGUAGUCAUGCCCGUUGCCCAACGUGGUCCCCAGGACGACUGCAUCCGAUUCACUGUCUCAAAUGACCAGAAUGCCAACGGUGGCAACAACGGCGGUAACAACAACAACGGCGGUGGUAACAACAACAACAACGGCGGCGGCAACAACAACAACAACGGCGGCGGCAACAACAAUGGCCAAGAAGCGAACCAGAACGGCCAACAGGGUCAGAACGGACAGCAAGGCCAGAACGGACAGCAGGGCCAGAAUGGUCAACAGGACCAGAAUGGUCAACAGGAUCAACAAGGCCAGCAAGAUCAACAGGGCCAGCAGGGUCAACAAGGUCAGAACGGUCAACAGGGUCAACAGGGUCAAGGUCAACAAGGUCAAGGUCAACAAGGUCAAGGUCAACAGGGUCAAGGUCAACAGGGCGGUGGUGGCUUCGGCGGAUUCGGUCGUGGCCGUGGUCGUGGCCGUGGCCGCGGAAAGGGACGUUUCGCCGCUCGCGCCUUCAUUGCAUAGAUGUACACUUAGAGAGUGAGCAUCGGGGAUGGACUCUGGGGAUUGCGAAAAGGCAGUUACGAGGUAUAUUUUGUGUGGUAAUGGUACUUUUUUCUCGACACACUUCUGGGGGCUGAACAACAACACUUGACAUAGAAUACCAAUUGGUUCCUCAGGAAGGGGUAUCACUCUACGGAGGAUGGAGCGCAACGCUUCAUUUGGACUGGCUCUGAGGGCGCUUUUUCUCCAUUAACCCUUUUUUUUAUUUAGUUAUUAUCGACUCCCAAGACAGUUGGCACGAAUGUAAACAUAUUUUCAC